AGCACGAGGACAUAUCCUGGUAAGAAAUUUCCGUAAAAGAAGCAAGCGGAAAAUUUCCGCGAAAUUCUGAGAAGGAAAAGAGCAUUUGCACACUCCAAAAGAGGGAAAAGGAAGAGUGUGGCGGGAGCUUCAUCAUCCUUUAAUACCCUUUGAUCUACUUCCUCAUCUGAAAGUAACAGUGACUCGACUUGCUUGUGAAUGGACAACUCACCAGCAAGUCAACUUCCUGAAGCUGGCUCCUUACCAGAUGGGUUUGUUGAAAGCACUCUUGAAUCUUCUCAACCUAUGCCUUUGAUCUCAAACAUGGAUGAAUCCUCAACAUGCUACAGAGAAAUUCAUGCUGACGGGUAUCACAAAACUGAAUUGAGGAAUGAAGUGGCAACAGACAAAUUUACUGAUCUGCUACCAGGGGAUAUUUCAUCAGAUGCUUCAUAUUGUUCAAUUUCAAAUGGUACACUAUUGGAUAUUUCGUCAGUCCCUCAAUUGCUUGAACACUGCAGGAUCACUGAUGAAGCUCAAGUUUCUGAUUCCAAACUUGAGAAGAUAAAAAGGGAAAGGGUAUUCCCCGUUCAAUUGUCAGAUAAAGCUCCCCAUGGAGCCUGUGGAAAUUCGCUUGUAGUUGGUGAGCAGAAUAGCGUGGAGCAUCGGUGUGCUGAACAUGCUGACACAAUGACUACACACAGGGUUACCUUGGGAACACCUGAAUCUCUUGUCCCUGUGUUGGGCCUUAAUCCUCCUGAGAGAAUAACCCCAAGUGAUGACAUCAUAACUGACACAUCUCUUCAACGUCAUGAGGGUGGUGUACAUGUAACUGUUCAAUGCAUUGACAAGUGCAUCAAGGUACCUGCUAAUGUUAAUGAUAAGGCUUCUGUGGAAACUGAUAGCAGCUGUGUUAUUAAGCCGAACACGUGCAAAUCUAAAAGCAAUAAUGGAAAGCACAACUCAAGGUCUGAAAAGGAGUCUAUUGAGCUUGCUUGGAAGUAUCAACAAGCUAUUGCGGAAAGAGAUACAGCUAUUGCUGUGAGAGAAAAGCUCGAAUCCUUGUGCAGGGAGCUACAACGCCAAAACAAGAUGCUCAUGGAUGAAUGCAAGAAAGUCUCAAUGGAAGGUCAGCAUUUACGAUCAGAAUUAUCUACAAGAUUCGAUGAUGCCAUCAAGGAUGUAAGUAACAAGCUGGAUGAACAGAAAACUGAAUGUCUUUCUCAGCUCAAGGAAAAUGAAAUGUUGAGAAAUAGAUUGAAGCAUCUCUCUGAACAGUAUGCUAUUGCUGAACAGCAAUUUGUACAACAGUUGAAGAAGAAAUCACUUGAAGUACAACUUGCGGAACUAAAACUUCAACAACAUUUAGAUAAGUCCUCUCAUGAACAAUCCCAAAUGCAGAUAUACGCAGAUCAGGUUUCACAGCUAUUGUUAACUGAGAAGAAUUUGCGUUUGCAGUUGACUACCGAUGGAGAAAAAUUUCAGCAAUUCCAGGAGGCACUAGUGAAAAGCAAUGAUGUGUUUGAAUCAUUUAAGAGGGAAAUGGAGAAGAUGGCAAAGUCAAUUAAGCAGCUUAAGAAGGAAAAUACUUUUCUUAAGAGCAAAUGUGAGAAGUCAGAUAUUUCACUCAUUGAACUUGUGGAGGAGCGUGAAUCCUUGAAGAAACAACUAGAAAAAGUGAAGUGUCAGAAGGAAAAGUUGGAAUCCCUUUGUCGCUCCUUGCAAGUUGACAGAAAAAGGCAAAUGCUUGAGAAUAACUCUGAACCGGGUUCUCAUGAACCUUUCUGUGGAAAGGAUGAACCCUGAAGGAGUUCGUGUGAAAAAUUUGCUUUUUUGAACUACUUGCACAUCAGUAAAAAUGGGAUUUCCAAGCCGGGCAUCUGAGAAGAGAUUGGGACAAGAUCCAUAGUUUGCUUUUUGACUUGUUCCGCUUUAGCAGUGUAAUCUUUGACUCCUGUGAUUCUUGUAAGAAGUAUCAGUGGAUGUGCUGUAAGUUUCGUGAUCACAUGGGACAAGAAAUUUAUUCUUCAAUUUUUGUUGUAUAAACAUUUUUGAGGGGGCAUUUGUAAAGACUGAGGAAGCACAUGAGUUGAUUGGCACUAAUUUCAUGUCCGUUUCAUCAAUGACAUACUGGGCCGCACAUUGUCAAUUCAUAUGUAAAAGUAUUUACCUGUUCGUGCUUUUAUUUUUUUCU